AUGGCGUCCACCCUCCCGCCCGAGCUCGUCGCGCACAUCGCCCGGCACAGCCCGCCCGGGGAGACCACGGCACUCAAGACCUGGGCCCUCGUCGGCUCGGCGUUCCGCGGGCCGGCCCAGCGCCGUCUAUGGCGCGCGCUCGAGCUGACAAACACCGUGAACCCCUGGCGUCCUAGCGCGCUCUCGUAUACACGCGCGGCCCGGCACUUUGCGGAAUAUCCGCACCUGCCGGGGUAUGUGGCACAGCUGACGCUGUCGAUUGCACCGGAGUGGGACGAGGACGAUCCAGUGGAGGACGAGGAGGGGCUGGCGCUGCUUCGGGGGAUCUUGGCGCGCAUGCAAGCGGUAGAAGAGGUGGAGGUGUGUGUGAUGCGGAAUCGCGAGGCGCUGGAAUGGGAGGAGCUGCCGGGGAUAUUCACGGAGUGCGUCAUGGAGUACGUCCACACCCGGGUCGGGCUGCGGAAGAUGACGGUGCAUGGCUUCACGGCUGUCCCGGCGGCCGUGUUCGGCCGUUUCAUGAGCGCUGCGCCGACGGUCAGCGUGUACGACCUCGAGGUCGCCGGCGCAAACGGUCCGCUGCGCUCCGCCGGGCCGACGCGGUUGCGAACGAGCAUCUACGAUCUCGCAAAGCCACAGUUGGCCCAGUCGCUCCGCCCCUACACGCGCUCGCUGCGUGCUCUCAUCCUGACCACCGCCAACUGCCACGGCCGACACGAGCUGACGAUCCCGGACAUUUGCGCCGCCACAAGCGACACGCUGGAGCAUCUCUCUCUCGAGCUGUUCGAAACGAACAGCUACCUCAUCGACACCGGCGAUCUCCGCCUCCCACCCCUCCCGCGCCUCCGGUACCUCCACAUUUGCUUCGAACACGAAGACUACGCCGGUCGCCGCCCACGCGGCAAUCCCCGCCCGCCGGACACAGCCCUCCCCGCCAUCCUCGCACACGCCCUCGCCCUCGGCCCGCGCGUACCGCUACCAGCCCUUGCGCAGCUCGACCUGCAGAACCAAAUCGUCGGCUUCGGACUCGACGACGACGGAUACACGUACCCGCUCGCGCUGGCCCCCCUCGACGCCGUCCUCGCGCGCUACCUUCGUGCACGUGGGAAUGCAGCCGUGGUGCGCCACGUGAUCCAGCUCACACAUGUCCGCAAGGAGGGGCACUUCCGCAUGCUCGCAGACACGGUGGAGGCGGCGUUGCCCGAAGCGUGUGCCGCGGGGAUGCAGAUCGUGGACAGUCGGUCAGAGUGGCAGAUUGAUAUGGGGGACUUUUGA